AAAGCGCUGCGGCGAGGCGAGGGGAGGCGACCAACCCUUCUCCGCUUCUUCCCCCACCUUCCUCUCCUCCUCCGCCGUUCGCGUCUCCUCUCCUUCCUCCCCCACCUCCGUCUCGCGAAACCCUCCUCCCCUCCCCCCAUGGCGGAGUCGCCCGAGAACGCCGCCCCGGCCGCGGCUCCGGCCCCAGCGCCCGCGCCCACCCCGGCCCCGCCGCCGCCGCCGUCAUCUCCGCCCACCAAGUCGGGGAUCCCGCCGCGGUACGACCUGGACGCCAAGUGGGACGCCUGCCUCGACAUCUCCAUCCGCCGCGUCGCCUACUCCACCCUGGGUGGCACCUUCGCGGGCCUCCUCCUCUUCCGUAGCCCAACUACUCGCUGGGCAUCAGUUGCGCUCGGAGCUGGUGUGGGGAUAGGAGCUGCGUACACUGAAUGUUCAUACUUAUUCAAUGGUGCUCCUCCAAAGUGGUCACCCAAAGUUUCGACCGUUCCUUCUGCUCAUUCUGAAGGGGAAGACAAGUAAACGCUGUUUGGUUGGAUCGGUCCAUCUUGAUGGAGGUUUUUUGGAGUGUUGUUGAACUAGCUAUCUCAUCAUCUUGUCUGAUAUCGCCAAUUCUGGUCUACUCUUUAAGUAUCGCCUCAAAGUUAGCAAGAGCCUGCUGAUUUUCCUUUACACUAUGCAAAACUAUUCCAAUUGUGGUCGGAUGACCCAUGGGCCAUGGCUGCGUACCUCAAAUGAUGGUUUUGUGACUGGCAAAUAAUAUGUUCAUCAUGCGAACUUGUUGCAGCGUGCACAUUAGUAUAUACUUUGUUACUGUCCCCCUUUUGAUGAUUGGUUUGUUUCCAAUCCUGAGCAAGUCCAAUUUCUGAACAAAAUCGAGUGUAAACUUUUCCAUGCAAAAAUGAUUUUAACGUUCACUUUGCA